UUGUUUACAUUUACAUUUGCAUCGACAUCGACAUUUACAUCAAUUCAUUCGACUCCUUUAUCCAAAGUGACUUGCGAGCGAGACAGGAUCCAGUCCGCACACGGAGCUGUCAAGGAAACUGACAGUGAUAAGAGAGAUUAUAAAUAAGUGCAGGAUGAACAAAGAGAGAGCGGAAUCCCAGCUGCGCUUUCCUGCUCCUAAACAGAACGGAAUGUUAAGUUGAGGACACACUGUACGACUUUGACAAUCCUGAAGGAUUCUGAAAAGACUGGAGUACACACAUCGAACGGUGGAUCAUACACUUAACCGCUGCGCCAGUGCGGUGUCUCGUCGCGGGCCGUGAUGUCAGAUCCUGUGGAGCAGGAUGGUAAGGAGCUGAGUCCGGUGGAUUUCAUCCAGCUGCAGCAGUACAUGGACUACUGCAGUUUGAAGGUGAAAGAUGUGCUGAAAGAAUUUGACGCAGAUGGCCAGUUGGCUCAGUACAGGCACGGAGAGUGCAUUGAUGGGGAAGGCUUCCGUCUUUUCCUGAACACGUAUCUGGAGGUGGACGAGUUCCCCCCGGAAAUGUGCGAGCGCCUCUUCAACACCUUCAAGACAUCUGACGAGGCCGGGGAGGUCUUCCUUAAAGACGUGUCCUGUUAUUUCUCCCUGCUGGAGGACGGGCAGCCUCGGGACAAACUGGAGUAUGCAUUCAAACUCUAUGACCGAGACGGCAAUGGAGUCCUGGACAGUUCAGAAGUGGACCGGAUUAUCGCUCAGAUGAUGCACGCAGCUGACUAUCUGGGCUGGGACGUGUCAGAGCUCAGACCUGCGCUGAAGGACAUGAUGACCGCGAUCGACUCGGACAGCAGCGGAACAGUGUCGCUGGACGAGUGGGUGCAAGGAGGGAUGAACAACGUGCCUCUACUGGUUUUACUGGGGUUGAAGGUGACUCAGACGGAUGGGCAGCACCUGUGGAGGAUGAAGCAUUUUAACAAGCCGGUGUACUGUAACGUGUGUCAGAGCAUGCUGCUUGGGCUGCGCAAACAGGGCCUCUGCUGCACAUGCUGUAGGUACACAGUGCACGGGCGCUGCGCCAACAGGAAUCCGGCUCCAUGCACUCGCACCUACGUCAAAUCCAAGAAGGAGGCAGGGGUUUCGGUCCAUGACUGGGUGAUCGGGAACUGUGAGUCUGGAAAGUGUGACAAGUGUCAGAAGAAGAUUAAGGGUUUACAUGGAAAAAGCUGUGUGUGGUGCCAUACUACUCGCCAUAACGAGUGCGCGAACCAGGAGCCUACAGAGUGUAACUGCGGCCCAAUGAGAGACCACAUUUUACCUCCAUGGGCCAUUUACCCCGUCAUUAAGGACAGGCAAAACUGUGUGAAGAACGGAGCAGACGACACUGAGUACAACACUACACCUGAUGGACAGGUACUGCAGGUAAUUCCAAUCCCUAACACUCAUCCCCUUCUGGUGUUUGUGAACCCUAAGAGUGGAGGCAAACAGGGUGAGAGAGUUCUGCGCAAAUUCCAGUACUUGCUAAACCCCCGCCAGGUUUUUAACCUCAACAAUGGUGGACCAGCACCAGGGUUGAGCUUCUUCAGGGAUCUUCAGGACUACAGAAUAUUAGUAUGUGGAGGUGAUGGGACUGUGGGCUGGAUCCUUGACGCCAUAGAUAAGGCCAACCUGCCGGUGCGCCCCCCAGUGGGUGUGCUUCCUCUCGGGACAGGAAAUGACCUCGCGCGAUGCCUUCGAUGGGGAGGAGGUUAUGAUGGCGUUGACCUGAGUCGUAUCCUGAAGGAGCUGGAGUUCAGCACGCCGGUUAUGAUGGACCGCUGGAGUGUGGAGGUGGUGAUGGAGGACAGUCAGGAGAAAGGGGACCCCGUGCCUUAUGAGAUCAUUAACAACUACUUCUCCAUCGGAGUGGACGCAUCAAUUGCUCACCGGUUUCAUACCAUGCGUGAAAAGCAUCCACAGAAAUUCAACAGCAGAAUGAAGAACAAGCUCUGGUACUUUGAGUUUGCCACCUCAGAGACGAUCUCAGCGUCCUGUAAGAAACUCAAGGAAUGCCUCACCAUCGAGUGUUGCGGAAUUCAGCUGGAUCUCAGUAACGUCUCCCUGGAAGGCAUCGCGGUCCUCAACAUUCCCAGCAUGCACGGCGGAUCUAACCUGUGGGGCGAAGCCAAAAAGAGUGACCGAGCGAACCAGGAAGUGCCCGAAGUCAUCGUAGAUCCUGAAGACCUAAAAGUCAGCCCUCAAGACAUGAGUGAUAAGCGCCUGGAGGUGGUGGGACUGGAGGGAGCCAUGGAAAUGGGACAAAUCUACACCGGCCUCAAGAGUGCUGUCCGGCUCGCCAAGACCUCUCAGAUCACCAUCAGGACAAAGAAGCCCUUGCCCAUGCAGAUCGAUGGAGAGCCGUGGAUGCAGCCGCCGUGUACUAUUAACAUCACACACAAGAACCAAGCGUCCAUGCUGAUGGCUCCUCAAGCCAAAUCCUCUGGCUUCUUCAACCUAAAGUAGUGCCUGCGUAUGCGACUGCACCUGCAUCUGCAUCAUCAACCUGACGUGUCUAUGUGGUCCAUAUAUAGCAAUUUAUUUAUGUAUAUUAAUAUAUAUGGAUGCUGAAACCAAUGUGGCCAAACCAUGAGUGUGUGUGUGUGUGUAUUGUAAAGGAUUCUAUAUACAGAAUAAGAGGCUUCAUUUCAUGGUUUUUAAACCUUCCUGUUAUCUGAGGAGAUAAUCUCCUUUUCAAACUUACUGGUGCAGUGUUAGAUGAACUCGAUCCCCGUCGUGCCAUUAUACUCGUCUUUCAGAGUAGUGAGAAAGUCCACAGCUACAACACACCCUGGCAAGAACCACCGCUUUCGUUGCAGCGACUUAAAUCUUUUACAGCUUUAGAAAAUACUAAUCAUAAUUAACAUCAAGGUAUAAAUCAGCACAAUUUAUACCUUGACAGGCUACAUUAGGGGUUUAGAGUGACUAUUCGAAUGCAUGACGUAACCUGUCAUUGUGUUUACACCUGCAAAGUGCGGUGUAAUAUCUGAAUAACAUACAGUAGAAAUCAUUUUAAACUGAUGAUUUCACAUUUCGCAUGGCUACUCUGAUAUUCGCUGGAGAUGCUUGAUUGGGGCUCUUCCACCUGACCAUCCUACUAUACUAUAGUACAUUUUAACAGUUUUAAGUUUAUAACUUGUCUUAAAAUCUAUAGAUAUUAUACACACAGACACACACCUACAUGCUUCUAAAAGUAGAUUGUAAUAAGAUACAUGCCUUUUAAGAGGUGACAUAAUUGUCACCUGCUCUAGCUUAUUAACAGAGAAUGUAGAUCUUUCAGAAUACUGCCUGUAAAAAAUGACUGAAUAAAUGUCUGAACAAAAGGUUGA